CGUCCACGGGAAGGGCAAGAAACGCACCACCGGGCAGUGAGGCGGGCGGCUUGCAGGAGACGGAGACAGGCGAUGCCUUCCUCCUGCUCCGCCGCCACCACGGAUGGGUCUCAUUGAGGGCCUCUUCGGCGGCGACCACAGCAGGGGGAGGGGCAACAAGGGGCACGGCAGCGCUGAGGAGAAGGCGGGCAUGGCCAUCCCUCCCCUCUCGCCCACCGCCGCCUCCGUCGUCCGCCGAUGUGCCCGGAUCGCAGGCGUGCCGGUGGAUCAGCUGCUCCGGCGGUUCGACACGGAGGAGCAGGGCGGCCGGCCGCUGGAGUACGCCAGGAGCGUCGUGGAGUACUGCUCCUGCAUUGCCCUGCGCGUCGAGACCAAGCGCCAGGAUUACCUCGGCGACAGGGAGUUCCACUCGCUCACCUACGACCUGAUGCUCGCCUGGGAGGCGCCCGAUGAGGAAACCGACGCCGUGUUUCAGAAAACGGCAUUCAGCAUUCUCCGCGACGACGCGGACGACGACGACGGUGGAUCCAUAUUCUAUUCAAGCCCAACGCAGAUGGCCAUUCAGGUCGAUGGGAGGAGGACGGUUGGACCCGAGGCAUUUGCCAAGAUUGCUCCUUCCUGCCCAGCCAUGGCGCAUCCCAUCACCGUUAGUAACCUGUUCGACGCGCUCACCAACUCUACGGGAGGCCGGUUGCAUUUUCUCAUCUACCACAAGUACCUCAAAAGCUUAGACCAGGUGCUCAGCUCUGCAAAACGUAUAUCGGAUGGACACAAAGCUCCUGCCAUUCAGCUUUCGGACGGUGAAGUAAUCCUCGACAUCCAUGGCGCCGCAACGCCCAAGCCGGUCCUUCAGCACAUCGGGACGUCCACAUGGCCUGGGAGGCUCACACUGACGAAUCACGCACUCUACUUCGAGGCUAUCGGUGUCGAUUUCUCAUAUGGCGAGGCUGCUGUGUAUGAUCUGGCAAGGGACUUGAAGCAGCUCGUAAAACGUGAGUCCACUGGGCCAUGGGGUGCUCAUCUCUUUGACAAAGCAGUCAUGUACAAGUCUAGCUCAACAAGCGAACCCGUGUUCUUCGAAUUCCCUCAAUUCAAAGGCCACACUCGCCGAGACUACUGGUUUGCGGUGAUCAAAGAGGUGCUGCACACGCACAAGUUCAUAAGGAAGUACAUGCUUACAAAUUUUCAGAAGGCAGAGGCUCUUUCAGUUGCGGCGCUUGGAAUUCUGCGGUACCGCACAGUGAAGGAGGGCUUCCACAUAUUACCGGCACAUUUUAAGACCACCCUUGCCUUCAACUUAGCAGAGAAACUGCCCAAGGGGGAUAAGAUAUUGGAGGCACUGUACGGCGAGCUGCAGCAGCAUUGCUCAAGAUUCAGAGGAAGCGAGGAUUUUGCACAGAGUAGUUCAGAUGAAUUGACACUUGCUGACCCCUUCCCGCUUUCAGCGUAUACAAUGGUGAGGAUGGGUUUGCUGGCACUGAAGGAGGAGGACAAUACUGAGGAAAGGGAUUUCACGGCUCGAGAUGUGCAGAUAGGAGGAACUAGCUCGGUGCAAAUGGCUCUAGAGCGAUCGUUCGGUUAUUCGGGCAGAGUGGAGGCGGCACGGGCAACGCUUGAUCAGGUCAAAGUGGAAGACAUAGAUACUAAUGUAGCUGUGUUGAAGGAACUACUAUUUCCUUUGAUUGAGAUAGGCAAAGUACUUCUUGCUUUCGCUGAGUGGGAAGAUCAACUUAACUCAUAUGUCUUCUUGUUCUGUUUCCUCUACAUGGUAUAUAGUGGUUGGAUCUGGUUCAUGUUUCCUGGCUUUUUGCUCGGCUCUAGCCUCUUCAUGCUAUGGCACAAACACUAUGUGAAGGGGCAGUUGAUAGGAGCAUUUGAGGUCACAACCCCUCGGAGAAGAACUGUCCAGCAGCUCCUGGCUUUGCAAGAAGCCAUCUCGCAGUUGGAAGCACACGUGCAAGCCGGAAACAUUUUUCUUCUCAAGCUUCGGUCCCUCAUGCUUGCAGCAUUUCCUCAGAGCACCAGCAAAGUUGCGGCUGCGUUGGUCGUCAUGGCUGCGGCAUUCGCGUUCCUGCCGUUGAGAAGCAUCAUCCUGCUGGUUGUGCUGGAAGCAUACACGAGGCAGAUGCCGGUGAGGAAGAAAAGCAGUGAGAAACUGGUGAGGAGGUUGAGGGAGUGGUGGCUCCGGAUUCCAGCUGCUCCUGUACAGCUCCUGAGGCCUCAGGACACUAGGAGAUGGAGACCGAGGUUGAGAUCGAGACAAGCAAUCUAGAAAUGUUGGAUUUUUUACCCGUACAUUCUUCCGAGUGGUAGAAAUGUUGAUGUUAUAUGGACAGGAUUAAAGUGCAGAGGAAAGAAGAGUCUGGGUGUAAGCUGGGGCCUGUUCUUGGUCAGUGGAACUAAAUGAAAUAAUGGUGUCUUGUUUAUUGUUGUAACAGAUUCCUUUCGUUGAAAUGGCCGGUACCAGUUGGGCAAAAUAAAUGGACGGGGAAUCAUAUGUGUUGUAGCAGUCAACAGCAACUGAUCAUUAAAGUUGAUUUCUUAACAUAUUAGUACCGAAUA